GUUGUAAGCGUCUAAUGGACACAGAGACCACCCUUUCAGUGCCUGGUGCUGAAGAUGGUGAGGUCUUUGUAAAAGGUCCAGCCAGAUUUAUAAUUAGUGAUGCCCCAUUUACUUCUACAAGCUCUUCUUUAGUAAAGAACCUCGGAUUCACGGGAUGGAAUAGUAUUGAGGAGUUGACAGUCAAUGUAGGAGUUGAUGAGGUUUUGAAGUUGCUUAUGUGCUCAUUAGUAUCAAAGAUGCCUUUGACUGAAACUCUGCUGAAGCAUGAACCCCUCCCAGAAUUGAGCAAUGAAAAUGUUGAUCAAGAAAUAUAUGUUGAAUCUUGAAUGUUAGGAGACGCCAUGGUUUGUUACGCAGAAGCAGGAGCGGAGUUUGUUAAUUUACUUUCAGUUUCUUGACUCUUCCACUCGGGUUUAUUGUGAAACAGAUGCAGGAUAACUCUAUGAAAGGAUGCAUUGGUCAGUUGUACAAAAGUGUCCAGGAUCUUGAUGAGCAAUGCUUGAAGUCAAAUAACCAUAUCUCCAAAUCCCCUAAUCAACAAGCGAAAUCAGUUGAAUUCGUAGACCCCAAAUCCCACUGUAACAAAGAUGAUAACGCUCUUGGAUUUUUGAAAGGACCGGGGAUGUUCAUGAUAACCGACAGUGUCUCGACGUAAGUCCGAUCUCUGCAAUUCUUGGCCUGUCAAUUUUAUGCGAAUUGAACGUACCUGUCACUGACAUUGAGGUACAAGUUGCUCAA